AUGUUUACUCCACAGAAGCAUCAGUGGCCGGGAUUAUCAAUCACUCCGAGGAGGGAAUCAGAGCCACGUCCGGAUAGAAACACCCCGAACCCUACUGGUAAGGGGAAGGCCGUGGCGUAUAUUGAUGGCCCCGCAGCGCCACCCCCGCCUUUGGGGCUCUUGAGUGAGAGUGGAGACAUAACAAGGGCGAAUGAUUUGGAGAAUAUGGAGGAUUGGAAGAGAUUUCGAGAGGCGGGAUUCUUGGAUGAGUUCUCUUUGGAGAGGCGUGACCGCGAGGCAUUGGAAGAGAGGAUUGCACGGUUUGAAAGAGAGCUAUUCGACUAUCAAUAUAAUAUGGGGCUGCUAUUGAUUGAGAAAAAAGAGUGGGCUUCAAAGCAAGAAAAACUUAGAGAAGCGCUUAUAGAAACCCAGGAAGUUCUAAAGCGUGAGCAGACAGGUCAUUUAAUUGCAAUUGCGGAAGCGGAGACGCGAGAAGAGAACCUUAGAAAAGCUUUGAAUGUUGAGAGGCAAUGUGUGGCCGAUCUUGAGAAGGGUUUACGUGACACACGUGUGGAGCACGAACAGAUCAAGCUUGCAGCUGAAACUAAACUUGCGGAUGCUCAGGCUUUGGUUGGUAGAGUUCAUGAUAAGUCUCUGGAAGUGCAAGAAAAGUUGCUGGCUGCUGAUGCAAAGCUCGCCGAGGCAAGUCGAAAGAGUUUGGAAAUGGAGAGGAAAUUGCAGGAGGUUGAGUUUCGUGAAAGUGCAGUUACAAGCGAGCGAAAAUUCUUUAAUGCUGAGAGGGAAGCACAUGAGGCCACUGUUUUGAAGCAUAAAGAAGAUUUAAGAGAGUGGGAAAGGAAGCUGCAAGAAGGUGAAGAGAGACUUUGUCAGGGUCGUAGUAUGAUUAAUGAGAGAGAGGAAACGGCAAAAGAACUCGAUCGGAUGCUCAUUAAGAAAGAAAGAGAACUACAAGAAGAGCAGGAAAAGGUCGAAUUGAUGAAUUCGACUUUGAAGCAGAAAGAAGAUGAUAUUAACAAAAGGCUUGCAGACCUAACUGUGAAAGAGGAGAAAGCUGAGUCUUUGAGAAAAGAUCUAGAGAUGAAGGAGAAAGAAUUGAUUAGUCUGGCGGAGAAGCUGAGCGCCAGAGAGAGAGUGGAGAUUCAGAAGAUUCUCGAUGAACAUCGGGAUGCUUUGGAUUCAAAAAAACAGGAGUUUGAGUUGGAAAUGGUAAAGAAAAGGAAGUCAUUUGAGGAAGAGAAGGAAAUUAAAUUCAAUAACAUAGUGCAGAAGGAAAAUGAAAUCAACCAUAUGGAGGAAAAGCUGAGAAAGCGGGAGCAGGCGUUGGAAAAGAAGUCAGACAGGUUGAAGGAAAAAGAAAAGGAGUUUGAAGGAAAGUUGAAAGCUGUGAAGGAAAAGGAAAAGUCCAUCAAGAAGGAGGAGAAAAAUCUGGAAUUAUUAAAGGAAGAAGCUUUCUCUGAAAAGGAAAGUUUGCAGCUCCUCAAAGAUGAGCUUGAGAAGAUGAGGGCUGAAAUUAAUCACGAGGAAUUACAGAUUCGUGAAGAAACUGAAAAGCUUAAAAUUACUGAGACUGAGCGGAAGGAGCAUAUCCAUUUACAAAUGGAGUUGAAACGGGAGAUAGAGAGGUACAGACAUGAGAAGGAAUUGCUAUUUAAGGAAGCUGGGGAUUUGAAACGAGAUAAAAGCAAAUUUGAAGAGGAAUGGGAGGCUUUGGAUGAAAAGAGAGCUGAGGUUACUAGGGAAUUGCAACAAAUUGAAGAACACAAAGUGAUGCUUGAGAAAUUGAAAACUGCUGAAGAAAAGCAAUUGAAAGAAAAUAAACUUGCCACUGAGAGUUACAUUAGGAGAGAGUUGGAGGCACUUAGGUUAGAGAAAGAAUCAUUUGAUGCCACAAUGAGGCAAGAGCAGUUAGCUUUGUCUGAAAGAACUCAAAGUGAACAUGAUCGAUUAGUUCAUGAUUUUGAAACUCGAAGAGAGGAUCUAGAGGCUGAUAUGCUGAAUAAGAAAGAGGAAAUAGAGAAAAAUCUGGAGGAGAGAGAGAGCACAUUCAGGGAACAGAGAGAAAAAGAACUUGGCAAUAUAAGCUAUUUAAAAGAUGUUAUCCAGAAGGACAUGGAAGAAAUAAAGUCUGAGAGACACAGAUUAGAGAAGGACAAGCAGGGCAUUGCCUUGAACAAGCAGCAGCUGGAAGAACAACAACUUGAAAUGCACAAAGACAUUGAGGAACUUGGUGUUUUGAGCGAGAAGCUUAAGGUUCAGAGGCAAGAAUUUAUUAAGGAGAGAAGCCAAUAUCUUGCAUUGGUCGAGACACUUAAGAGUUGCCAAAACUGUGGGGAGAUUGCAAGGGCAUAUAUAUUAUCUGAUCUUCGUUUGACUGAACUUGAUGAUGAGGAAGCCCCUCUUCAGGCACAGGGAGAGGAGCUUCUGGAGAAGGUCGCUUCAUAUGGAGCAAACUUCAAGAAAUCACCUGGUGAGAAUGAUCCCAGAUCAUCAGGAUCUGGAGGCCGUAUCUCUUGGUUGCUCCGAAAGUGCACGCCAAGGAUCUUUAACUCAUCCCCUGAAAAGAAACUCCAGCACAUGGCUCCUCAAAACUUGGAACAAGCCUUGGAUGAUACACUUGUAAGUGCAGCAGAGAAGGCUGAUGGACCAAGUAUGUGGAUUGACACUGAAGCACGAGGAUAUGGUAUUCCUGAAGAAGAUAAAAGAAAACAAGAAGUGUUGGAAGAUUCACAGCGAUCGCAGCUGAGAAGUAACCGUCGUAAACCUGCUAAACAACCGGGAGGAAUCCAUAGAAUGCGCUCUGCGAAGGCAGUGGUUGAAGAUGCUGCAGUUAUCUUAAGAAAGAAAUCAGGAGAACUAGAGGUGAAAGGGGAGAAAACUAAUGAUUCUUCUUCUUAUAUAAAUGAGGAAAGUCGUGCUGAGAAAGCAACUGGUACAAGAAAGCGAACUCGUGCACAAAGUUCUAAAAUGACAGAGACUGACCUGGAGGCUGAUUAUAGUGAAGUACAAUCUGAAAGUGUCAUGGCAGAUGGCAUCAAGAAGAGGCGUCAAACAGGUGCUCCAGCUGUGCAAAAUCCUGGCAAGAAGCGUUACAAUCUACGGCAACGGCACCGCACGACUGUUGGCACAGACAUAUCAGCUUCUGUGGACAGUGAAAGUAGAGCCGAGAAAGAAAUUGGUGGUGACGGUCCUACUUUGUCACGAGAUAAUGAAAUUAAUUCUAUGCCGACAGUUGAAAUUGCCAGCGAGAAGGAGAAUCCAACACCAAUAAUCGAGAUUACAUCACAGAGAAAUGUUGAAAGUCAAGUGUUGAAGACAUCGAUCGAUGGCAUUGAUGACAAUGCCAAUGCUGUGAAUGGUGGUACCCCAGAGUACAACAGUGAAGAUGAACAAGACAGCACGUCGCAUGGGGAUGAUGAAGAUGGUGAUGGAGAUGAUGAUUCUGAGCAUCCUGGUGAAGUGUCAAUUGGUAGAAAGCUCUGGACAUUCUUUACAUCAUGA